AUGGCUCACCAACAAGAAUACCCGCAGCAUCAACAAGCGAUACAACCCCCAAGCAAUGACAGAGGGGCGUUUCCAGGCGGUACCUACAGCAUCGCCCACCGCGACACCAACGCCGUGCUCAAUGUGGAUCUCCAGCAAGGCGCCGUGGUGCGCUCCAAGUCAGGUGCCAUGAUUCACAUGUCUGGCUCUAUUGAGUUAGCUGGAAAGUCCAAAUUUUCUCUGGGUAAGCUCUUCACCGGUGGUAACCUGUACGAGUCGACGUAUACCGGCCCCGGACGCAUCGCGCUUGGUCCAACGCUGUUUGGGGAUAUCAUUACCCUGCAUGUUGAUGGUCACCAGUCUUGGACCAUCGGCAGAGACGCUUUCCUCGCCUGCACUUCCGAGGUUAGCAAGAAGAGGGAGACUCAGGGUAUUGGCAAGGCGCUGUUCUCGGGGGAGGAUCUCUUUGUCUUUCGUAUUGAGGGUCAAGGAAUUAUGUGGCUGACAAGUUUUGGUGCUGUCGACCGACUGGACCUUCGGCCUGGAGAACAACAUAUUGUUGAUAACGGGCAUCUUGUGGCUUGGAGCUGCAAGUACUCCAUCGAAAAGGCUGGUGGAGGAGCUAUGACCGGAUUGAAGACGGGCGAAGGUCUGGUAUGCCGUUUCACUGGCCCUGGCUCAGUUUAUGUACAGACCCGAAACAUGGAUGAGUUUCAAUCAUUUAUCAAGGCAACUGUCGGAGCCUAG